AAACAAUCAAAUGGUAUUCUGAUAUAUCGGAAUCAUUUACUUCAAGGUUUGUUUGUAUUUACCAAUGUUUCAUUUCGUUUUAUGGCAAAAUCUUGAAUAUUUUUUUUCGGUAUGUAUUAGCGCUGUUAUUCUCUGCAUCAUUAUCGUCCACUGAAAAAUCUCGCAAAUGGGUGAAAAUUCACAUAAAAAGUCUGACUUAGAAGUUGAAAAUGAGAAUGUCGUUGUUGACUCAGUACUGAUGCAUAAAGCUACACCAGAAUAUCUUCAAGAACUACUAAAAGACAAAAGGCAGCUGCAGAAUUUCCCAAACAUAUUUUUACACUUAGAAUUCAUUUUGGAGAAAGCUUGAAGUUAUCAGAUUGCAUCUUGUUUUAGGUGGUGCAGAGGUAAUGUCAGACCUAACAGACUUUCAGUAUAGAUUAUAAAGCCGUAUCUGCAUCCUAACAUUUAUGAAUUUAUAUUUCUUUCCAGUCCCUUUGUAUAUGAAUCGCUCAUUCAACUGGCCUUAUCUUCACACUUUGUUAAUAAAACCACAUGUUUCUUUAGCUUGACGUUAAUAUUUAGUGAAUUGUAUUAAUUUUGUUAAAAUAUUAAAAUUGACAUGUGAAAUGUGUUGCUCAAAUCAACAAUAAUACAUCAUUUGUGCUUCUAAUUGAGAUAUAAUAUGGUCUUUAACGUUACGUUGUGUAUGUCUAAACUUUUGAUCAGUACCAUUUGUUUAAGACUAUUGAAAUACUAAUCUAAAACCAAGCUUGAUUUAUGAUAAUGCACUUAUUCUAAUACAUUUUGAGAGUAUCACAGUAACAUAAUUAUUAUAGUUUUGAUUUCCUUCAAUCGGUAGCGAGGGUUAUCUCACCAUAAUAAAAGUUUAUUUGAGUGUUUAUCCGAUACCUUCCUACAUUAUAAAUUUUUUGAUGUCACUCAAGAUUAUCGUUGUGUAUUUUGCCAUUGCAGAAAUUACUCGCGUAAGGCAAAAGCUAUUUCAUUUAAACGAAUCAGUAAAGAAAACUGAAAACGAGCUUCCAGUACCCUCCGGAAAUAUUGUGUCAUUACAAGAGAAGGUGUUUGUUCCUGUGAAGGAAAACCCCAAUUAUAACUUUGUUGGACGCCUUCUCGGUCCGAGAGGAUUGACUGCGAAACAGCUUGAACAAGAUUUGGAGUGUAAAAUCAUGGUGAGAGGUAAAGGAUCACUUAGAGACAAAAGAAAGGAGGAUUCAAACAAAGGAAAACCAAACUGGGAACACCUAGAUGAGGAGUUGCAUGUUCUGGUGAGCGUCGAAGAUUUUGAAAGUCGUGCGCCGAUUAAACUGAGAAGAGCGUCCGAAACAAUUCGUGCAUUUCUUGAGCAAGGAGUGAGGACGCCAGAAAAUGAGGACAGAUUGAAACAAUUACAGUUAAUGGAAUUGGCUGUUCUAAAUGAUAAAGAUCGUCAGCAAGCACAUAUUCAACAAGUUCAACAACACCAACAGCUCAUAUUACAACAUCAGUCACUUACUGUAUUAAAUCAUCAAGCGGCUGCAGCAGCGGCAGCUGCAGCAGCUGCAGCUCAAAUAUUACCACCAAAUAAAUAUUCGUCAACUAAUAUUUUACCUCAGAUUCAAUCUCAGGUACUUCCUGUAUCACUGGCAACAAACUGUUUACUUCCUGGAACAGUGAAUUCUGCAUUAUCUCAAGCUAAUUCAAUACAUUCCAUUCCAAAUAAUCAAUUAUCUCAUUCUAUCCCAUCUUUUAGCUCAGCGAAUUUAUCUACGUAUUUACCAAAUAAUAAUAUAUCCGGACUUUUAUAUCCUUUGACGGCAAAUGCAGCUUUAUCUGCAGCCGUCAGUACAGGAUCAGCUACAAAUAAUGGGCAACUUAAUCUAACUCUUCCUUUAAGCCAAAUCGCUGGCGGUAUUACUGGGAAUGGACUUCCUGGUUUAUCCUUGCCGAUUGGUUCUACGUUGCAUGCAGCCAGCCAUGAUCAGUUAGCUGCUGUUGCAGCUGCUCUCCUUAGUGGAAGUGGAACAGGAGGUAUUGGUGCAAGUAAUUCAAAUUUACAGUUAUGCAAUGGUAACGUGAAUAAUCCUGUAUCAGGUGCUCAUAGUUACCCUAUCACUUCACAUACAUCACUUGCAGAUGCUGUAAAUAUUCUGGAAUUCAACAACGCAUCAAAUACACAAGAAACUGGUUCAGGACCACUUAAAUUACGUUCCUUGCAAGCCACAUCAUCCGCAGUUUCUCGAAUGCAUCCAUACCUAAGACAGUAAUCAAUGAAUGACGUCAUUGUUGCAAAUAAUACAAAAUCUGCUUAUAUCCAUGACAAAUAGCAGCUGUGAAUUAUUGUGGUUUUUAAUUUACCAGCAGGCUUUCAUUAAAUAAUCAAAAACAGUUUAAGUGCUUUCGUAUCACAAAUGCAAAUGCUUAAUAUCUAACCAGUUCAUUUGUCUUCUCUUAGUGUACUACAUGUAAAUUAAAUUGACUUACUCAAACAUCCCUUAUAGUUACUUGUUAUGCUUUUAUUUUCUACGAAACUUUGCUCAGAACUUGUAUUAUUAUAGUUUUUAUUACUACUGCAUAGGAUAGGGAAAAUAGAGACUGCUAUGUUAAAAGAAAAAUAUUUUGAUAUGGUUUUUUUCAUAGACACUAUCCAUGACACAAGAGUAAAUUGUCAGAGUUAUUAUAGGUGCGAAUUUUUGACUGUACUAUCAACUCAAAUCUGCAUCAUGCAUACUGACUAAUAUCUUUGUUGUUAUUCUCAGUUAUAUCGAUAAUUUUCAUCACGAAUAACAAUGACGGUUAUUGUAUGUUCAAUAUACAUAUAUAACGAAUGUGUUCUAAUUUUGCUUUUAUUUAUUUUAAAUAAUAUAAAUUUGUGUGAAUUGAUGUAAAACUAGUUUAAAUAUCUUCCCUUCUACCAUUACAGUAGACUUAUUUUAAACUCUAUGUGUAUAUUUGAUAUUACUGUACUAAACGUUUCCGUUAUUGUCAAACUGUCGUUUUGUGAUUGUUCUCCCUGUUUUUUUUUCAUUCUAUUUUCUCUAAUUCAUAUCAUACAACAAAAUGUUUGACAACCAUGACAGACUGAGACUGUUUUUUAUUUGCCCGUUUUUAGCACUGCCUAAGAGUAAAUUUUUAUCUUCCAGCCCAUAUUACUUUGUUAAAUUUUUUAUACAGUUGCCUAGAUAUUUUGGUUUGACGCUCAUUUCUCUUCAUUUUUUAUUUAAAUGAUUGUGUAAUCGCAUAACUAUAUUAAGUUUAAAAUAAAACUUGUUUGUGAAAAUUUGUCUAGAUCCUUUUCUAUGAUGCAUUACUUUUAAAAAAAAACAAUUACAUCACUUCAUUCUCAUUACUUGAUUUCUUGUAUGAUCUAUUGAAAUGGAAAUAUGUUCAUGGGAUUAUUAGCAGUCACAGUGAUAUUGUCUUCCUUAUGACUGUACCUCCCCCAACCGUUAACUUUUGUCUUUUAUUUGAAUUAUUUAUUUUUAAGUUCCGUUUUAUUUUUUCCUUAUAUAUGACUUCAAAAAUGACGAUUAUUACGUUUCCAGUAUUUUUGAUCUGUCAACUCAGCUACUGAGUUAAAUUUACCUGUCAGUUUAUUUACACGAUGAAAAUACAUUAAGAGAUGUAGUGAAAAAGAAAUGAUAGAUAAAUAGCGAAAAAGUGUCGCAAAAGCCAGAAGAAAAACGAAGAACAAAGUAGAUCCGGAAAAUUAGAAAUGAAGAGACAGCAAAACAGAAAGUCAAAGACAAAUAAUACCUGUUUUUUGUUGAAAAACGUUUACUUUUCUAAAAUAUUGUUUAAUUUUUUCCUUUGUUAGUACAUGUAUUUGAUUAACGGACCAGACGAUUAACAGGAUAAGGAUUCUCGUCAAUACUUCUAAUGGGACACAUCUUAAUGCAGAUGGCUUAGAAACUGUUGGUAGGAUAAAUAUUAGGUUUUUUAUAUUUUCAGAAAAUCCGUAAAUUAAACAAAAGAGUUAUAGUGUUUUUAACUUAUAUAUUUGGCAUACUAUUUCACGCACCGAUUUCUAAUACUUACACUAUAUAAUGUAAAAUAAAGAAUCGUUUUUAUUUAUCCAAAACUGGUGGGAUUCUAUGCUUUUUCUAAGAUAAUCCAUCUUUAUGUAUGGGCGCUAAUUAUGUCAGAUAGCUAUAUGGAUUUAAUUUAUAUGAUCCAGUUACCUAAAUGGAUAUAGUUUUUAAUUCGGAAGCUGUUAUCGUUCGGAACCAAA